AAAUGACAAAUCCUUUGACUAUUUCUUAGGCACUUUGCCAAUAUUGUUCCUUCGCGCUUUGACAUCUGAUUUGGGUAGUUUUACUUCCAAUUCUGUGAUCUACUUUACUGUAUGUCUGUAUGAAUAAAGGUACAUAUCGCAUGAACAAAAAUGAAUUCCUCUUCUUUCUGUUCACUUCCAUUGAUCGCCAUCACCUAUUCAUGUUUGCUCUACCUUGUUUCCGCAAGAGUCGGUGAAUUCACCCCAGGUAGACGUUUGUUAGAUGAUGCCCAUCAUAAACCCAGUAUUAAUAUAGAGGGAUACAUGAGUAAUUAUGAGUUAGAGAAUGCUAUUAUGGCUUUUGGUGAAAGGUGCAGUAACAUUUCAAGGAUAUACAGUAUUGGAAGGAGUGUGAAUGGAUUUCCGCUGUGGGUAAUAGAAAUUUCUGACAAUCCAGGGAGGGAAGAGCCUGAACCUGCAUUUAAGUUCAUUGGAAACGUUCAUGGGGAUGAACCCGUUGGACGUGAGCUUCUGAUACGUCUUGCAAAUUGGCUGUGUGAUAAUUAUCUGAAGGACCCACUGGCUGAUAUGAUUAUCAAAAAUGUACACCUUCAUAUACUACCAUCCAUGAACCCUGAUGGAUUUGCUCUGAGAAAAAGAGGGAAUGCCAAAAAUGUUGAUUUAAAUCGAGAUUUUCCUGACCAGUUCUUUGCUACAAAUGAUUUGGAGGAUGCAAGGCAGCCUGAAACAAAAGCAAUAAUGCGUUGGAUAAGAAGGAUACAGUUUACGGCUUCUGCCAGUUUGCAUGGGGGUGCUCUAGUCGCAAAUUAUCCUUGGGAUGGUACUGAGGAUAAAAAGAAGGAAUACUAUGCAAGCCCCGAUGAUGAUGCAUUUCGGUUUCUUGCAAGUGUCUAUAGUCAUUCUCACUACAACAUGUCCAAGAGCAAAGAGUUCCCUGAAGGAAUUACUAAUGGAGCAGCUUGGUAUCCUAUCUACGGUGGUAUGCAAGAUUGGAACUAUAUACAUGCUGGUUGUUUUGAGUUGACAUUGGAAAUAAGUGACUGCAAGUGGCCUAAUGCUAGUGAGCUGUCAACUUUAUGGGAGUAUAAUAGAAUGAGCAUGUUAAAUCUGGUGGCAACCACUGUGAAGACUGGAGUUCAUGGAAGGGUUUUCUCAGUGGAUACCAGGACGCCCCUGCCAGCCAUUAUUGAUAUCAAUGGAAUAAAUAAGUCGGUAAAAGCUGGACGCCUUUUUGCUGAUUAUCAUCGUUUACUUGUACCUGGGGUAAAAUACCAAGUUACGGCUUCCAGUCCGGGUUACAAAUCAAAAUCCACCACUAUAUUUCUUGUGGAAGAAGCCACGACUGCAGAUUUUAUUCUUGAGCCAGAAACGAACAACGCGGGCAAAAUAGUAGGGUCUGGCUGUGAUUGUUCUGGCAACUACAAAAAUAGGCUGGAAAUGGUUGAUAUUCUUGCUCACCCUCAAAUGGAGAUUUCUAUGGUCAUUAUUGUGGCACUAGCAUUUCUUUUGUUAUUGUAUAGAAGAAAACUCUGUUUGAGCUUCCCAAAGCAUAGACAAGCCUUAGGAUCAAAAAGACCGACUGUGGUAUGAUCUCUUCCUUUCCUUCUUUUUCUCUAUGCUAUGUGCGAAUAGGAGGAAACGGAGAGAAUAGAAAGGUUGGGGAAUGAAUGUAUGUCAUGUCCUUCAUUUGGAUAAUAAGAAUGAAAGGGGAAGGAAAUGAAGGGAAGGAAUCGGAGGGGAGAUUUUCUUAAUAUCUUAUACUAAACAAAUCUUUUUUACAUCGGAGAAUUUGGAAGGGAACACAUCAAUCUGCUUUCCCCUCACUUUCCCUCCUUUCUCUUACAUUCCUUUCUUUAUCUUCCGUAAAUGUUAUCCAAACAUUCUAGUAACGAAAGAAAUUGUGUAAUAUAAAUUUUUAUAUUCAAAAAGCAUUUUUUUUAUUGUGAAUCUCAUGAUAUUUUUGUUAACACUUUGAAAUUCAAAUAUUAGUUUCAGUACACAUUAUUCCUUGAAAUAAGGUGAAGCAGUAAUAAAACAGUAGAAUUGCAAAAAAGAAUGAAACAAAAAUAUUAUUACUGAACUGUAUUACAGUGGUCAGCCCUACAGACACCGUACUAUCGGUAGGACUGUUUUCCCCACAGGAGUCGAGAUUAAUUCUUGGCUGUGCUUCUGUGAUCUGAAGUCGGGUUUCAUCGUAGGAUUAUUGGUUAUGUCCUAGUAUUUCCCUGCUGCUUCACUGGUGGCUGAUAAGAGUGUGUAUGGAGUCGAGUAAUCGUGGGAUUUGCCACACCAGUGAUGUUUCCGCAUAAGAUUGAGUGUUGAUUCGUAUCAUCGUAAAAAAAACUGUUAUAGUUGUCGGCGGAUCUGUAUAAGAUACGCACGAAUACCCUUUCCGAUGGAGCUUUUUGUCUCAGUUUUCAUAGUCGAAUGUCUAACGUGUUGGCCAAGGGUAGACAUAACCAUCUAAUGUCUCUUUGCCGUGGCAUUCUUCUUCCUUUAGACCGAGAUGAGGGAUGGAGUAUGCCUUGGAGUUUCCAUAGACAAGGUCUGAUGAACUAGAUCAUUCUUUUCUAGUAAUAGAGUUUUGGGUCUGAAUUUUCAACCUCUUAUUAUCUUGAUUAUGAUAAUUUACGCUAAGCCUUUUUCGAAUAUUUUUGGGUCUACCAAAUGUUGAAGAUUCUGUCUUAAGGAGUGCAUAUUCUUUCUAUGUGUUUCCUUGGAGAUUUGUUUAAAUAAUUUUGUAAGAUGGUGGUCGCAUCUCACAAUGUGAAUUUUAAAUAUUAGUAUAGGAUAGACCGAACAAUCAUCUCUAUGCAUGUUAUACAUUAAUAGGGCUUUUAGUUAAGUAACAUGAGUUGUAGCCUAGGCAGGUGCGAAUUUAAAUUCUCCCACUAAUUUUGUGUUAGAGAAGCAAUUGGAUGCCCCCGAAAACAUGGUGCUUUGGUUAAUUACGAAUCAAUUAUGGACCGUGGUGCGAGUUGGUCCUUACAAGCAAAGGGAGAAUGCGAAAUAAUGCUUUUGGUAGGAGGUGGGAAUCAAACUUGCUUAUAAUUCAUUUUACUAUCUUAAUAUCGGCUCAUGAUCAAGGUUAUGGUUUUGCCAAUUUGAACCUUAACCACAUUAUUAAGUUGUUUUAUCGAAAAAGUUGAUAUUCCCCAGUUUUUAGUCUCAUUAAAAUUGUUAUACUCUAAAUCCAUCUUUUUAUUAAUAAUAAAUUUGGGUUGACGGAUAAAAAGAUAUGAAAAUUGCAAUUUAUAGAUGAUAU